AUGACAAAUACAUUUAACGGAUUACCGAGGAAUUGGACAAUUAAAAUAUCAAAAACUCAUCAAUCUGAGUAUUUCUAUAACAAGGAAACACAAGAAUCUUCCUGGGAGCCCCCUUCUGGAACUAACUUAGAAGCACUGGGCGAGUACAUCAAGAAACGCCUUCAUGACCCAGAACAAGUUCGGUGUGCUCAUCUUCUGGUGAAACACAAGAACUCUAGGAAACCGAGCUCCUGGAAGGAGCCUCAGAUUACAAGAACUAAGGAAGAAGCAAUUGAAAAGCUUAGAGGAUUCCAAAAACAGAUUCUUGAUGGUUCUGCCACUUUAGGUCAACUGGCUGCUACUGAAAGUGAUUGCUCCUCACAUGCCCGGAACGGGGAUUUGGGCCUUUUUGGGAGAAAGACAAUGCAUCCAUCAUUUGAAAGAGCUGCAUUUGCAUUACAAGUUGGUGAAAUAUCAGACAUAGUGGAAAGUGAUAGUGGAGUACAUCUCAUCGAAAGACUAGGAUGA